CCUGAUGGUCAAUUCGUUGGAAUUGAUAGUAAUACCUUUUUCUCCAAAACAAAGGAGGGUAAUCAUGUUCUCCAUGCAGUGUUUGUUGAUUUAGAACCUACAGUCAUUGAUGAAGUUCGUAAUGGUACCUACCGUCAAUUGUUCUGCCCGGAACAACUAAUUACUGGCAAAGAAGAUGCCGCAAACAACUAUGCCUGUAGUUAUUACGCUAUUAGGAAAGAAAUCAUUGAUCUAGUCCUCGAUCGUGGUACUGGUUCUGGAUUGAGUUCUUUGCUUUUAGAACGUCUCACUGACGACUAUGAAAAGAAGUCUAAACUAGAUUUUUCUAUUUAUCCUGCGCCGCAAGUCUUAUUAGCAAUUGUCGAACCCUAUAAUUCUAUUUUGACAACUCAUAUCGCAAUAGAGCAUUUGGAUUGUGCUUUCAUUUCCCUCAACAACAAAUUGGCUGACUUCCAAGAAAACCUUGUCCAAUAUCCUCACAACCAAAUGGUUAAAUGCGAUCCUCACCAUGGCAAAUUUUUGGCUUGUUGUGUAUCAUACCAUGAUGAUGUCAUCCCUGAGGAUAUCAGCUCUGCAGUCGCCACCAUCAAGACUAUGUGCUCUAUCCAAUUUGUUGAUUGGUGUUCUACUAGUUUUAAAGUUGGUAUUAAUCACAAUUCUCUAACUAUCAUACCAGGUGAUGAUAUUGCUAAAGCUCAACGUGUAGUAUGUAUGUUGUCAAAUACAACUGCCAUUGGCGAAGCUUGGGCACGCCUUGACCAUAAAUUUGAUAUGAUGUACAAUAAACGUGCUAGUUUUUGCAAAUUUUUCAUUAAGGAUUACGAAAAGUUGGAGAAGGAGACAGAUUCUGUAGAAGAAGCUGAAGGAUAUUAA